GAGUCGGGCGUAUUGGGCUUGAUUCCUGGAAUUCCCUGAAAGCAGUUCACUCGCCAGCUUCAUGGUCUUGGGCAAGUGACUCAAGUUUCUUGGGCCUCAGUUUUUUGCUUCCGUAGCGCUGCCUACCUCACAGGCUUUUGUGAGCACUCUCUGAGGUGAUGCGAGCUGCGGCGGAGAGGACCCCGCGCGGGCUGUCACUCUGCGUGCGGGGCGCCGGAGGGAGGGAGCCAGGCCCGGGCCGCAGGCUGACCCCGCUGCGGCCUGAAGGAGUCCCGGACGGUGGGCUGGGUGGGGCUGUCUCGGCCCUCAGACUCAGGUAACCAUGUGCGACCGAAAGGCGGUGAUCAAAAACGCCGAUAUGUCGGAGGAGAUGCAACAGGACUCGGUGGAGUGUGCGACUCAGGCGUUGGAGAAAUAUAACAUAGAGAAGGACAUUGCGGCCCAUAUUAAGAAGGAGUUUGACAAGAAGUACAACCCCACCUGGCACUGCAUCGUGGGGAGGAACUUCGGUAGUUAUGUGACACAUGAAACCAAACACUUCAUCUACUUCUACCUGGGCCAAGUGGCCAUUCUUCUGUUCAAAUCUGGUUAAAAGCAUGGACUGUGUCACACACCCAGUGAUCCAUCCAAAACCAAGGACUGCAGCCUAAAUUCCAAAUACCAGAGACUGAAAUCUUCAGCCUUGCCUAGGGGAACACCUCGAUCUUUGAACCUUUAUUGUGUUGUUUUGUACAGGGCAUUCUCUGUACGAAUUUGUUGUGGUUAUAAAACAAUUAGAAAAACAGCUUACAUUUGUAUUUAUUUUCUAUUCCAUACCUCUGCCCCAUGUUUUUUCUCCUCAAAAUCCAUUCCUUUCCAAAUAAAUCUGUUGGAGAAGUG